CAGCACGCAGCACGUCAUAUAUCAUAACCCACACUCGCCCACGCAAUCCCAACACUCUCCCCCUCUCAACGACGACUUCUUCUGCCUCUGCAACUAUGCUCGCCCGCUCAUCCGCCCAGUUACGACCCGUCAUCACGUCGGCCAAUCGUCUAGACCUCGCCCGCUUCAUGUCUUCGACCGCCAACGGUGCCAACCCUGCCGACCAGCUCGUCCUUGUCGACCGGCAAGGUCCCGUGACAGUGCUCACGUUGAACAGACCCAAGGCUCUGAACGCGCUUUCUUCGCCCUUGUUCGUCCAGCUCAACAACGAGUUGGACAAGGCGGCUCAGGACGAUCAGGUGAAAUGUAUCGUCUUGACCGGAGGUGAAAAGGUGUUUGCCGCCGGCGCGGACAUCAAGGAGAUGAAGGACAAGAACUUUGCCGAAGUCUACCGAUCCAACUUUUUGGGCUCUUGGGCCAGGGUGACCUCGUUCAGGAAACCCAUCGUUGGUGCCGUCAGCGGUUAUGCUCUCGGUGGAGGUUGCGAACUCGCGAUGAUGUGCGACAUCCUCCUCGCAUCUCCCACAGCCAUCUUUGGGCAACCCGAGAUCACCCUCGGUAUCAUCCCCGGCGCGGGAGGUACCCAGAGGUUGACCAAGAUCGUCGGGAAACCGAUCGCCAUGGACAUGGUCCUUACCGGCCGCAAGAUCGACGCCAAAGAGGCCGAGAGGAUGGGUCUCGUCAGCAGGGUCGUCUGGGAGGAAGGCAAGAGCGUGGUACAAGAGGCCGUGGCGCUGGCCAAGAAGAUUGGAGGGUUCGGGGCCGUCGCUGUCCAGGCUGGUAAAGAGGCCGUCGAUGCGGCCAACGAGCUCCCCUUGAGCGAAGGACUUCGUCUCGAAAGACGUCUCUUCCAACAGUUGUUCGCCACGGCCGAUCAAAAGGAGGGCAUGGCCGCCUUUGCCGAAAAGCGAAAGCCCGCCUUCAAGGACGAGUAGACAACAACGUGACAUGCGAGUCUUAUCAGGCCUCGAAACGGCCCAACAUGAAAACGGAUGAGGUUGUAUGGAAACGAAAAGUACAAAUGCGAAUUGAAUUCCGUGAGCGCUCGACGUGGAAGUCGGCCAUGUGGGCACAUGACCGGGGGUGGAACGAGGGGAUCAGGUAACGUUGGGCAAUGAUGGGGAUUGGGGUUUUCAUGCAAUGCAAAUAGUUUACAGGUUGUCUCUACAUACAAUCGCUUUCGAGUACGGUUCCAAGGGGUGAAUAUCGAGCCUCAAAGGUCCGAUGGACCUCUGUGAUUGGAACGAUGAAGUCGUAGCAGUCUUACUCUACUCAGUCGCGGCAGUAGACUUAGAACGUUGAGAGCUUCGAUCAUCAUCAUCAUCGUCGUCGUCAG